CGACACACCCUCCCUUACCUUAGGUCCGCCACUAGCUGCGGCGGAGCGGCAACUAAAUUGAAAAAUCACCACCACCGUCUUCGUCUUGUGGCGGGGCUUCACACAAUCCCGAUGGUGGCGUUGUAGCUUGGAUGUUUUCGAUAGAAGAUUGCGGUGGUUGGGGGUGUCCACAUCGACCCUGACGGUGACGUCGAUUCGAUUGCAACCUGUGAGGGGCAAAUUUUUAUGCCGACGACUUUAGCGGCGGAUGCUGCCGUGGAGAUAGAAAUUUCGUCGAAAGGGGUGGUGUUUCCGAGGGGCGGUACUUCAACGGCGGUUGAUGAGAAUAGUCUCACUUUGUUGUCGACGGUGGUUGGUGGAGGAAGCAGCGGUGGAGAUAGAGGGGGAAGUGGAUCUGUGAAACAGAGAGGACGAAGGGGAGAUAAGUAAGGGAUCCAUCUUAUUUAAUUUGUUAAUUUUAAUUAUAUUAAAUUAAAAUAAUAAUUUUUAAUGACGUGGCACCAUGUAUAACCACAUUAGUAGUUUUUUGCUGAGUCACUAACGGAAUAAGUGUUUGACCGUUAAUAUUAACGGUCAACACAAGUUCCGGGUCAAAUCUGUCCAAUAAUUUUAAAAGUAGCCG